AUGCAUGAAGUACAAGAAAGUUUAUUAACAUUGAAAUCAUUAUUCACUUUUAUUAAUCGAUCAUCAAUUAGAUUAGCACAUUGUAAUGAUAUUCAACCAUUAUUAAAACAUGCACAAGUAACGUUAAUUCAACCUAGUGAUACACGAUGGUUAUCAUAUUCUCAUGCUAUUAAUGCUGUUAUUCGUUUUAAUAAUGGAAUGAUAAGAGACAUGUAUCCACAAUUAUCAUUAGCUACUGAAAUAUUUUUAUGUGCACCAAUUAGUACAGCAACAGUAGAACGUGAUUUUAGUACAAUGAUCUAA